AGAACCCAAAUUAGAACAGCAAAGAACCAAUUUUUAAAUUAUUAUUAUUAAAAAAAAAGGAAAAAAAAAACCAACAUUUCAGUACCAACCGGUAGAUGGUCGAAUCAGACACCAUAGGAAAAUGAGUUUCGAACUCCUAGAGAGACACAACAUAACCAAGUACCACUUUUCACUCUCUUUCUUCCUGUGACUUCUGACACGGAUAUCCAGUGGGAUGCUUCUGUAGAUGUGAGUAAACAUAUAGAGAAAGAGAGAGAAGAAGAAGAAGAAGACGACGAAGAAGAAGAAGCGAAAAUCCCUAUGCGGGGAGUGGAUUUCUGGGUUUUGACCAAAAUUUCAUGGUGACCCAGAAUAUCCGAUCUCAUGGGAUGAGAGCAAAAUUAUCAAGUGAAAAGAUGAACCAUUUCAGUGAUGAGCGAGAAGAUCAAUUUUAUGAUGCUCGUGAGGACCUUUCUUCUGUUUCGGAUUGGGAUUCGGAUAGUGCAGCUGAGGAUUGUAGUUCUAGUAUUUCCGGUAGGUUAAGGUACGAGGUUUGGGCUGAGAACCUGGGUGAUGUCUUUGAACGACGCAGUAAGUUCUUGAAAUGGAUGAGUACGGGUUUGGAUCGGGAUUUGACAUUGAUGGUCGAUAAAAAAAAUGUUCUUCAUGAUAAAAUUGAACUAGAUAUGGAUAGGAUUACAGAAAACAGUGGGGCAGUUCUGGGAAGCUUGGGUUCCGAAGAAGGGCUCUCUUCGAGCGAGUCGAGCAUGUCUUCCUCGUUGAAUGAAACUCCCGAGUCACUAGAAAAUGGUGCUUUGCUUGAAAGUUUCAUCUGCGAAGCGCGGAACUCAAAUUAUGGAUCUGAGUUUCUUCAGGGGGAACUAGCUAAAAAUAGAAUGCUUGGCAGAUUUUGUGUGGCCAAUUCCAGUCAACUGAUUAGUUCUAAGGAGUUUCAGGGAAAUCACAGACCUUCCCCUUUGGUUCAGGUUCAGCCAUUGAGGCCAAGAGAGGUUGAGGAUGCUAGAUACUUUUUCCAUGUUAAAAAGAUUAUUAAGAGAGGUUGGCUAAGAAGAUUUGGUGUUGGAAUGUGUGUUGUUGAUAAAAAUGGAGUUGUGAAUCCCCGUCCUCUUGGAACGACAGCUACAAUGGAAAUGGGGAUGCAAAAAGUUCAGGUUCAUCUGUAUCGAAAACGAAGCAAGGAACUCUCUUCCCUCUUUGCUGGACAAGAGUUUCAAGCACAUGAAGGUUCGAUAUUGACGAUGAAGUUCAGUCUUGAUGGAAAGUACUUGGCAAGUGCCGGUGAAGAUGGUAUUGUGCGUGUGUGGAAGGUGAGUGAAGAUGAGAGAUCAAACAAAUUUGACAUUGUUGGCGAUUGUUCUUCCCAAUGUUUCGCUAUUGAGAACGUUUCAAAGCUAUGUCCUCUGGAUGUUGAUAAUGGGAAACAUGGUAAAGUAAACGAAUUGAGGAAAUCAUCUGAUUCAGCAUGUGCCAUUUUCCCACCAAAAAUAUUCAAUUUAGUGGACAAGCCUCUGCAUGAAUUCCGAGGACAUAGUGGUGACAUCUUGGAUCUUUCAUGGUCAAGCCAAGGGUUUCUUCUAUCGUCCUCAACUGAUAAGACCGUUCGAUUGUGGCAACUGGGAUGCAACAGAUGUCUUAGAGUUUUUUGUCAUAAUAAUUUUGUCACCUGUGUUGAUUUCAACCCACUAGAUGAUAACUAUUUCAUCAGUGGUUCAAUAGAUGGGAAAGUUCGAAUCUGGGAAGUCCGUCGCUGUCGGGUUGUUGAUUACAUUGAUAUUCGAGAAAUAGUCACUGCUGUGUCUUAUUGUCCCGAUGGAAAGGGAGGAAUUGUAGGCUCCAUGUCUGGCACCUGUCUUUUCUAUAAUAUCAUAGAUAAUCGGCUGGAAUUCGAUACUCAAAUUUGCUUACAAGGGAAAAGGAAAUCUCCAGGAAAGAGAAUAACUGGCUUUAAGUUCACUCCUAGUGAUCCAAGCAAAGUCAUGGUCACAUCUGCUGAUUCAUUAGUCCGUAUACUCUGCAAGAACAAUGUAAUCUGCAAAUUUAAAGGUAUUCGAAAUGGAGCAAGCCAGAUGUCUGCAUCUUUCACCUCAGAUGGGAAGCACAUAGUCGCAGCAACCGAGGAUUCAAAUGUUUACGUAUGGAAUUACACUAGCCAGGACAAGACUUCUUCACGUACGAAAAGCAAUUGGUCUUCUGAAAGUUUCCCAUCCCACAAUGCAUCAAUUGCAAUACCAUGGUGUGGUUCAAAAGGUAUUCAAGAAAUAAUCCCAUCCCCUACACAAAAUGGUGAUGCGAGAAGAAACGGAUUUGAGAAUGGUCAAAAGCAUAACAAUUUCGAUGACCAUUCAGGACAGAAAUUGUCUCUCUCGUCGCCUGAUUGUUUCUCCUUAAGUGGGUUUUUGGAGUCCUUGCCAAAGGGAUCAGCAACUUGGCCCGAAGAAAAACUUGUCAGCUCGAGUCCAAUGGCUGUUUCUUCUCCAUCAAUGCGUUCAUCCAAGUUCAAGUUCUUGAGGAGCGCUUUGCAGAGUAUGUCUGGCUCUCCUCACAUGUGGGGUAGUGUGAUAGUAACUGCUGGUUGGGACGGACGGAUCAGGACCUUCCUUAAUUACGGGCUCCCUCUCCGUGUUUGAAACCUUGUACAGCGACACACACACGCACACUGGUCACCCUCAGAAUCGUCAUUUCUUGAACAGCAGCAGUUGCUCUCACACUGCUGCAAAAACAGGUUAGUUUAGGAUCAAAUUGCGCUGUAUGUAUGCAUAAUAUGCAAAUAUAUAUAACAAUUUGUUGGAAUAUAGGGGUUUUCUUUUGGAGGACCCCUAGAGAUUUCAGGGCAUAAUAUUUAUUUAUAUAGUUCAGUACGGUCACAGCAGAAAGCAAGAGUUUGGCCAAUUCAACUGCAGUCACCCAUACAGUAUCAAAUUGAUUCAGUGGCUGGGGAUUGCUUUUGAUUUGUAUGCAUUGGUUUGAACUGAUAUAAUAUAUACAGGUCAAUUAUACAAUUCUUUGAUUUAUUCUUAAGGACUGUUGGCCCAUAUUAGGUGAGUUUCAUGUGGCAAUGGCCCCUUUUGAUUUGUAAUUUGUAUAAAAAAGAAGAAAGGAGAAAAAGUUGUGUAUAAUAGAGGUUGUCUGUGGGGCUUGUCCUCAGAGCCUAUAUCCAGAAAAGAUUGUAAUUUUUGGGUUUGAACUUUCUUUUAUGAAAGCAAACUUCUUUUGUGAGAUGGGGCAUCUGUUCUGAUCUCAACAGACACAUUAUUUAUAUGACAUAUUUAAUAUUAUAAUA